AUGCUGGAGGCCAUCCAUCAAAUCAAAAAGAAAACCAAAUUAACGAAUGAUCAACAACUCGAUGCUAGCCUUCUACGUCUUAUCUAUACAAUUUGUGGUUUUGAAACUGCCUGGCAGCGACACAAAGCGGAGGCCUCAGUUUGGUGUCAAUUGUUGGAUCGAAAAACCCUGGAGAUUUUAGAGUUUGCCGAAGAUUUGGAAUACUAUUGGAAUGAUGGCUAUGGUUAUGAUUUAACACAUCGCAUUGCUUGUCCGGCAAUACAGAAUAUGUUUAAGCACAUUGACCCCCAUUCACCAUUACCGAAUUCAACGUUUUAUUUUACGCAUUCCGGAACAUUGCUUAAGCUUUUGGCACAUUUAGGUCUAUACAAAGAUCCGAAUCCCCUGACCCAUCAGGAUUUGGGCAAGCAACGCAAAUGGCGUACAAGUCAGAUCGAUGCAUUUGCCACAAAUGUGGCAUUUGUUUUGUAUGAAUGUGAUAAUGAGGCACCGAUGGUCCUUACAAUGCAUCAAGAACGCAUCGUACAUAUACCAGGAUGUCCACAGGACAGCGAUUUGUGUAGUUUAAAUACUUUGCGUCAGUUGUUUGCCACCAGUUUGGAUAAUUGCAAUUUUGAUGAGAUGUGUUUUAAAUAA